AUGUUCAAGCUAGCCUCCCCCACCGCAGCCUCCAGGCCCUCGUGGGCUCGCCACUUCAGCCGCUACGCGCACAACGACCAGAUCUUUGUCCAUGCAACCCCCUCCAAAUCGCUCCAGUACUCGUUCUCGCCCCGCGCCAACGCCGUGCCUAUCGGCCACACCACUGCCAACGCCAGCUUGUCCCCCCACCUGUUCCAGGUCAACCCCAAGUUCGUGCAGUUGCUCCAGGCAACAAUCGCCGACCGCAUCCCCAACGACUUUACCUUCAUCAUGGAGGGAGGCGUCAAUGCCAACACCUUCAUGCCCAUCUACGACAUGAGAGAAACUCCUCGCUACGCCCGCACUCCCGAGAUCGAAAACGUCUUUGGCUACAUCCAGGUGGACGCCAACGGCAAAAUGGUGCCAGGAACCUACCAGGACAAUGUCAUGUACAGAGUGCUCAGUGGGACUGGUGGCUUGCCUAAGUUGAGUGAGUACUUGUACGAACAGGUGCAGGCCGAGUGCGAGGCCCAGAACGCGAACGCUCACUAA